AUGAAGCAUUCGUUAUUGGACUUACGUUCACAAUUACGUUUUUACAAGUCUUAUCACCACAAUGUUAUGAAUGUAGCCAUUCAUUCAGUGUUUGUCCCAACAAUUUUAGUGACUAGUGCUUCUUUAUUACAUCGUUUCACUCUGUAUGGGUCAAUCACACUGACUCACGUACUUACAGUUUGUUAUGCUGUUUUCUACUGUCUAUUAUGUCUACCUGUAGGGAUUUUAGCUAGUGGCUUAUUGGUAUUAUUGACUGUUGCAUUGGAUAAGAAAUGGUUAUAUACCAGUCAAACUCAAGAUAUAUGUCUCUUUGUAAUGAGUUGGGUAUUUCAAUUUAUAGGGCACGGUGUAUUUGAACAUCGCAAGCCUGCAUUACUAGAUAAUUUGGUCCAAAGUCUUGUACUGGCACCAUACUUUAUAUUAUUUGAAUUAUUAUUUAAAUUAGGUCUAUAUGAGGAUUUGAAUCAGCAAUUGAUUCAGGACAUCGCGACAACGAAGAAAUCCAAUUAG